AUGACAGUGCGAGGGAGGAACAACAAGCACUCUCGCCUUGACUUUACAAGAAGCGAUGGCCGACCUGUGCUAGUUUGCUAUCAAGACUACAUUUACGCACACAGGUUGAGAACUCGAGUGAUCAAUUGAAAGUGAUUGAAUCUUGGACGUUAUGGCAGAGCAAGGCAGCAAUGUUCGUUAUCAGGAGCUGGUGAAUGAAGAGGAGCCGGGGGCGUCUUCCCAGGAGGCUGUGGGGCUGGACGCUCCCCCGCCCUACAGCAGCAUCACAGCAGCCAACGCAGCUUUUUUUGACUACAAGGAAGAUGGUGGCCGGUUCCCCAACCCCCCGUCCUACAACGUUGCCACCACACUGCCGUCCUACGACGAGGCGGAGCGGUCCAAGGCCGAGGCUGCAGCGCCCCUGGUGCCUGGCAGGGUUACGGAGGAGGACUUUGCUGCCAGGGAUGAGUUUGAUGAUGCUGACCAGCUCAGGAUCGGCAACGAUGGCAUCUUCAUGCUCACCUUCUUCAUGGCAUUCCUUUUCAACUGGAUCGGGUUCUUCCUGUCCUUCUGCCUGACCACCUCGGCAGCCGGACGCUAUGGGGCCAUCUCUGGCUUCGGCCUGUCACUCAUCAAAUGGGUCCUCAUUGUUAGGUUUUCCACUUAUUUCCCUGGAUACUUUGAUGGGCAGUACUGGCUGUGGUGGGUGUUCCUGGUUCUGGGCUUCAUGCUGUUCGUCAGAGGGUUUGUGAACUACUCCAGGGUGCGCAAGCUAGCCGACCCCUCUUACGCCACCCUCCCCCGCACCAGGGUCCUGUUCAUCUACUGAAGCUGCUGAAAGCCUGGAAUCUGAAAGAUCUGUUGUAUGUUGAAAACAAAAACAUCAACUCUGCAAAAGUCUGAAACCAAACUCCCAUCACACACCCGCUGAAAGACAGCUCAAACAUUCAGGAAAUAAUAAUCACUUUUUUGGGGGGGUGGGGGGGGGGGGGACCGUAUUCAUGGAUGUUGAUAAAGGUGUUAGUUUGUUCAACUGUGUACUCAUUAGUGGCAAAUGUUGCUUUUUACAUUUGAAGUUUGCAAUACUGGGUGAUGCCUUAUAUCUUUUGAUGUUGGCAUCCCAGCAUGCACCUGCCCAACAGUCCUAUGUACAGUUGAUGUAACACCACCAGUAGCCCACAGAUCAGGGUACACAGUUACUAACAUAACCUUAGAAUCACUUCAAUGGCUUAGUCUGCUAUUCAUCACUCAGUGCUCUCCAUGCUGACAUGUACAGAGACCUUAGACCUUAUAUAUAAGACCUGAUUUUGAAUGACUUCUUUUAAUGAUUUCAUGAACCGAUCUGUUGCAGGUGACCCUAACUCUGUGGGCUUGAAGUAGUGUUGCCUUGUUGUAGCCAGAAGUGGGCAGUGUUCUUUGCUACAUUUAUUCUGAGUUUUAAUGAUCUCUUCAAGGUCAGUAAUGAGAGGAGGUCUUUAGGCGUAGUUAUGUCUUGAGAAGGUGUCUUUUUUUUCUAGGCACGGUAGAGCACAUUGUUAGAACACCAGUGAUGUCUGUGUGCAUCUCAAUUUAUGAUUCAUAACCAUUGUUGUUUUAUUCAGAUUCACACUGAUUUGUAUGAAGGGAUCAGAAGAUGUUUCUUUUUUUGUUUAUGUUUUAAAUGGACUUUCUGUUUGGAGAGGUGGGGAGGGAGUGUGUGUAGAAGUGUAAUAAUCAAACUAUUAUCAAAGAUUGUUGUAAGGAGGUGCACUUUUAGAUCAUACCAAUUAAACCCUGGGGAUUCUUCCUCAUAGUCAUCCAGAGUCCCCGAAAAAUCAUCCCAAACCAUGCAGAAACAUCAUCCCAAACCAUGCAGAAACAUGGACAUUACCGAUGGGUUACAUUUAUUCAUUAGCAGUCUACAUUCUUAAAGGUUGGUGAAAAGGACACUCAAUAGGCUACUAUUACUUUGUCUUGAUAAUUAUGAGUAAUGAUUUUGGAUCCAUUAAUUGUCGUUAUGGAUGUUUUCAACAUGUACAAGCUAGCUGACCCACCCAGCGGUGGACCUGCCCUGGGUGAUGGCCCAGCUGCAGCCAGGCCCACACACCCCUAGUCCACACAGUCUGUUGCAUCCUUAUGGUUUGUUAUGAGCUGUUUAAAACUGUAAAAAGCUUCAUGUCUAAUAAAUGUCACUUUUAAAGUGUU